GAAUGAAGGGGGGAGCCGGGGGAGGACGAGUUGUUUACACGGACUUUGGACUCGAUGCUUGUUUGGGUUUCAUGAGGUUUUUGUUUAAAGAAGAUAAAAUUAAAUUAACCGCUGGGAUUAAAGACGAUUCUCUGUUUUUCAUAAUCCGGUUCUGAGAUCUGGACUCAGAGGAGAGAUGGAGUGCAGCGGCAAGCUAACGCCUCACCUGAUGCUAGCUGCGGGGACGGCUGUCAUCGGCUCUCUGCAGUUUGGCUACAACACCGGUGUCAUCAAUGCACCUCAGAAUAUCAUUGAGAGCUUCUACAACAAGACGUGGACCGGCAGGUUCUCAGAACCCAUCUCACGGAACACCCUGACAGCUCUGUGGUCUCUCUCUGUGGCCAUCUUCUCUGUGGGAGGGAUGAUCGGCUCCUUCUCCAUCGGGCUCAUUGUCACCCGCUUUGGCAGGAGGAACUCCAUGCUGGGGGCCAACGUUCUGGUGGUCUUUGCUGCCGCCUUCAUGGGUUUCUCUGAGCUGGCGGCCUCCUUUGAGAUGCUCAUUAUCGGACGUUUCAUUGUGGGCCUCUACUGUGGUCUCUCCACUGGCUUUGUGCCCAUGUAUGUGGAGGAAAUCUCACCAACAUCCCUCCGUGGAGCACUGGGCACGCUGCAUCAGCUUGGAGUGGUGAUCGGGAUUCUCCUGGCUCAGGUCUUUGGGAUUGAAUCCAUCAUGGGGAACUCCUCCUUAUGGCCACUCCUGUUGGGUUUUACUCUUCUGCCGGCCAUCCUGCAGUGUGCCCUGCUGCCGUUCUGCCCUGAGAGCCCUCGCUACCUCCUCAUCGACUGCAACGAGGAAAGCAAAGCCUGCAGUGCCUUAAUGAAGCUACGAGGCACUGACGAGGUGAGCGAGGACAUACAGGAGAUGAGGGAGGAGAGCCAGAAGAUGAUGAUGGAGAAGAAGGUGACCAUUCCUGAGCUGUUCCGGUCUCCAGUUUACCGCCAACCCAUCCUUGUUGCCAUCAUGCUGCAGCUCUCCCAACAGCUGUCUGGCAUCAAUGCCGUGUUCUACUACUCAACCGGUAUCUUUGAGCGGGCGGGUGUGUCCCAGCCUGUCUAUGCCACCAUUGGUGCCGGAGUGGUCAACACCAUCUUCACUGUGGUUUCUCUGUUUGUUGUGGAGCAUGUGGGCAGGAGGCCCCUUCACCUGAUUGGUUUGAUGGGGAUGGCCGUCUCAGCUGUUUUUCUGACCGUCGCCAUGGCCUUGUUGGUAAGGGAUCAGCUUUGGAAAACCCCUCCCACUUCAUGGACGACUCCUGUAAACCCCGCAGGUGUUCUUGGGAUUUCUGCUUUGUUUUCUGCUCAGGAUCAGCUCAGCUGGAUGUCUUAUGUCAGCAUCGUGGCCAUCUUCAGCUUUGUGGCAUUUUUUGAAAUUGGCCCUGGCCCCAUCCCGUGGUUUAUCGUGGCUGAGCUCUUCAGCCAGGGGCCCCGGCCCGCCGCCGUGGCUGUUGCUGGUUUCUGCAACUGGUCAGCCAACUUCCUGGUGGGAAUGUUCUUCCAGUAUGUGGAGCAACUCUGCGGGCCGUUCGUCUUCAUCAUCUUCACCGUCUUGCUGCUCGGGUUCUUCGUCUUCACCUACUUUAAGGUUCCGGAGACCAAAGGCCGUACCUUUGAGGAGAUCUCAGCAGGUUUCCGCCACUCCGCCAGUCAGGGGGCCGACAAGUACUCGGCCCCGGAAGAGUUCAACACCCUGCGGGGUCACGACCCCGACCUGUGAACGCUGCCAAGUGGAAACACACAAAUCAUUUAUUCUUUUUUUUUUAGUUUGAUAUUCAAAGUUUAGUUUCAUUUUUGUGUCAACCACAGAUUUUGUUCAUAAACCCAGAAACAAAAAGUAAUGUUUAUGUUUUAUAACUUUUUUCACACCUAUUAGUUAACAAUUUAUGAGUUUGUUUUAAUUUAAUUAACAGUAAUUUGUUUUGUUUUAGGUAAAAAUCAAUUCUUUAAUAUUUAAGUUUUCUUUAUUUCAACUGGUCAGUUAUGAUGUUUCAGUGUGUAGGUGUUUCCUGUGAUUAACUCAUUCAUUUCGUCCCAUUUCUAAGACGGUUUCUGUAUUUAGUUUAUUCUAAUACGUUAUUUCUAAAGUACAUUUACAAAGAAGUCAGUGUUUUGUUACAAAAAAUGUGGAAAUUAUGCCAAAAAACUUGAUUUCUCUGUUGUUUCUGUAGAAAAGAGAGUUUUAAACUUUUGGUUCACAUAGAAUUUAUAUUCAUAGAGUUUGGAAUAAAAAAUAAAAUAAAUAAAAACCCA